GGAAGUUUUCUGGGUGGAGACGCCUGGGGGAGCUGGGAGGCGACGCGUAAUGACCUCAUUCAGGAAUCCGAGCGAGCCAGCCACUGGAAGACAAUAACGCAUAAAUCUGCUCUGGAGCAAAUCCUAAACGAAUCCUCUCCUCCGGACUCCUGGAGCCAAGUUCCACCAUAGCGGGAGUCCCGGACAAUGGCAUCCGCCGCUCCGACGCAUCCGGGCGGCCAGGCGCAGGGGGCAGGGCGCGGCGAGAGCUCCGAGGCGCUGACACCCUCUGCUGUCAACAGCAUGCUGAUGGAGUUUCUGAUCUACUUCGGCCGAGCCAUCGUGGUCUUCUACCCCGUGUAUCUGACGGGAUACCUGGGUCUGAGCAUCAGCUGGGUGCUGCUGUGCAUGGUGAUGAUCACGUGGUGGAAGAAGAAUCGCGUGUGCAAGGACGAGCGUAUCGGCUCUGCUAUCGAUUUUGUGGAUAAUGAGAAGCAGCUGAUCAACACUGAGCUGAAAAGUACCUUGCAGAUGGCUACGUGGGUGAAUUUCCCAGAUGUGGAGAAGGUCCAGUGGGUGAAUAAGAUCCUGGAGCAGGCGUGGCCUUUCUUUGGGAUGUUCAUGGACAAGCUACUGAAGGAGAACAUCCAGCCAACCAUCAGACUCACCAACACGGCGCUCAAAAUGUUCACCUUCACAAAGAUCCACUUUGGUCACAAACCUCUGAGGGUCACUGGGAUGAGGGCGUACACUCACGAGGUGGACCAGAGGGAGGUGAUCCUGGACUUGAAUUUAAAUUUUGACAGCGAUGUGGACAUCGAUGCAAACGUGAAUUCAGCGAUCACAGCUGGAAUCAAAGGACUAAAGUUCCAGGGGAUGCUGAGGGUCAUCUUAGAGCCGCUGGUUGGCCAGUCUCCAAUAGUCGGAGGAGUCACCAUGUUUUUCAUUCGCCGCCCUACCCUGGACAUCAACUGGACCGGCAUGACCAACCUCCUGGACAGUCCUGCAUUUGGUUCGCUGUCUGAAGACACCAUCAUCGACAUCAUCGCCUCCCUCAUGGUGCUACCGAACCGCAUGUGCUUCCCUCUCAUCAGCCAGAUCAGAGUGGACCAGAUGAGGUUUCCUCUUCCUCGGGGCGUGGUGAGGGUCCACGUGGUGGAGGCCAGAGACCUGGUUGCCAAGGAUACGUACAUGUUGGGCUUGGUGAAAGGCAAGUCGGACCCUUAUACGACACUUCGAGUCGGCAACCGGUUCCACAAAACCAAGACCAUCAAAGAAAACUUGCACCCAAAAUGGAACGAGGUUUAUGAGUUCGUUGUGCACGAGGCUCCUGGACAAGAGCUGGAGGUGGAGCUGUACGACGAGGACACCGACAAAGACGACUUCCUAGGAAGAUGCAACCUUGAUUUAGGAGACGUGAAGAGGGAGAAAGAAAUCGACCGGUGGUUUCCUCUGGAGGGGGUUCCUCACGGGGAUAUUCACUUCAAGCUGCAGUGGUUUUCUCUGAAGACCGACCCCGCUCUGCUGCGAGAGUCUACCGACGGCCUUGCCUGUGCCAUGCUCGCCGUCUACCUGGACAAUGCCUCAAAUCUACCUAAAGACCACAGUGAGGUAACUGCAAAUCAGAAACAAGGGAAGCACACAAGGGAGGCAAGGCUCACAAAGAGAAACGUGGGUCCCAACUCGUACGUGGAGCUUUCUGUUAAUAAGGACGUUCAGAAAAGCAAGGUCGUGUAUUCCAACAAGAACCCGGCGUGGGAGCAGGGCUUCACCUUCUUUGUGCAGAGCAUCAGAACGCAGCAGCUCCUUGUUCAGGUAAAAGAGCAUGAGAAGAAGUCCGUGCUCGGCGUCACGACCAUACCCCUCGAACGGCUCAUGGACGUCUCAGACAUGAGUCUGGACCAGUUCUUCCCGCUGGAGCGCUCUGGAGCACAAAGCAAGAUCAAGCUGAAGGCCACUAUGAGGAUUCUUAAUGUGGAACAUCCACCACCAAAGGUUGUCGACCCGUCUCCGCCUCAAGCCAAACAGCAGAAGCCACCGACCCAACAAGGAGCCAAUACCUCCACGUCCACCGCCUCCCCUGCACCAGUUCCCUCCAGUAACACCCCCCACGCCGCCUCCUCUGGUGCAGCCUCCUCCAGUAAGCCCCCCAGUACCCCGUCCCAGCUGGCUGACCCCCAGAACCUUUCAGAUGACGGUUAUUUGACUCCGAGACGCCGAAGCUCCUUCCUGGCUGCUGAAAGCGAGAAGCCGUCCUCUGCGUUGUACAUGCGCCGGUACGACUCCCAAAGCCUGCUCUCUGAGAACUCCAUCGCCUCGUCACGCUUCGACCUUUCAGAUGGAGCUUCCUACCCAGAGGCGGUGAGGAACCACCAGGGCUCGUUCGGGCAGAUAAACCUGUCUAUACGCUACAUCACCAUAAGGAAAAAACUCAUUGUUGAGGUUAACUCUUGCAGGAACUUGUUCCCCUGCAGUGCGAACGGCACAGACUCCUACGUCCGCCUGUACCUGCUCCCAGACCACAGCUGGAGACAUCGCAAGAAGACCCAAGUCAAGAAGAGAACCGUCAAUCCCGUCUUUCAUGAGAAGUUUGAGUUUGAUGUCUCGCUUAAGGAAGCCCAAACCAGGAAGUUGGAUGUGUCCGUGAAAAACAACAAGAUGCUUUAUACAAAAGAGAGGAAGGACAUUGGCAUGCUGAUGUUGGAUCUCUCACAGAUGAACCUGGAGGGCGGCAUCGUAGAAUGGUUUGAGCUCACGCUGCCUGGGCUGAAGAGAUCCAUGUAAGCGGUCCUGUUUGCAGCUGCAGGAUAAGAUGUGAAACCACAGAUCUGCACCUUAUUUCAGUGACUGGACUUUACUCGAGUCUGACUCAUAAUGUAAUAUUUAAACCCUCCCAUCUCCGUUAAACCUCAGCGUUAUGUCCUUUCAAUGAAGCGUGUUCAGAUCCACAGCUUUGGUAUUUUUUAUUAAAUCACAGUUUUACAGAAAGACGUUUAGUUGCAGCUUUUAUGAAACUUUAACUUUUCUGGAGGUUCGUUACACUUUUAGCAGGAUUAGUAAGUUGUUAGGGUUGUUCUUUGUUUUGCUGUUUAAAGGUUUUAAAGGGGACACUUGAUGUUUUUUCCCGUUGAUAUUUAUUGAAAAUAAACUUUUUUCCUCAAAUGAA